AUUAUUCUGAUGAUAAAUUCUUAGAUUCUGAUCUACCUCCACUUAUUUCAGAUUCAUUAAGGGUAUUUCAAAGCGUUAUCUUUACCAGUGAACCUAAUAGAAUAGUUUUAACUAAUACAUUAACUGUAACAGAUCUUAUUUCUACAAUUAGAGUAUCAUCAGAAUUGACUGAUUUGAAACGAAUUAAUUUAUUAAAUAGUCUUGCUCAAGCUAUUAAUCAAUAA